UAUCUUUUUAUUAUAAGACCAUGUCCUCAGAGUCGUUUAAGAAAAUAUUAUCAAAUGUGCAACAAAUAGUUGGAUACAAUCCCUCGUUUUUAAGUAUGAGAAACUUAUUUAACGAUGAAAUUUCGAAUAUGGCUAUGAGCUUUAUGCAAAUCAUUAAUAGCAAACAUCCUUUACUUAAAAAUACUAAGAAACUUAUAUAUGGAGAUUAUAAUAUUGUGCAAAUGCAUGGAUUAAUCAUCCUAUUAAUUGCAAAAUUAUUUGGUAUACCAAAAAACUUUACUAAUACAACAUUAUCAGAAAAUGAACAAGGCAUUACACAAAAACAGAGAUCUCUUUCUGAAGUAACACAGAUGAUAUAUUUAGCCAGGAUGAUACAUAAAGGUAUACUUGAAUUUGAAGAUGAAACCUUUGAAAAAUCAAUAAUAAUUGGUAAUAAUUUGGCAAUAUUAAGUGGAGACUAUCUUUUAGCAUGUGCUUGCAGGGAUUUAGCCAAACUUGAAGAUACAUCUGUUGUUGAAAAAAUGUCUCAAGCCAUUGCAGAUUUAAUGGUCUUAGAGUAUAAGGAAUAUGAAGAUAUUCAAAAUUUUAAUAAUGUCAAUAUCAUCAAUCAAUCAAUAGAUAAAAAGUUUUUUAAUUUGCUAGCCUAUGGUUCAUAUUCUACAUUGACUUUGGUCAACCAUCCUAUAAAUUUUAAAAAAUUGGCAUUUGAUUUUGGUGAUCAACUAGGAACAGCUUUAGAACUAUAUGUUAAAAUCAAAGAACCUAAACAUUUUAAUAAUGUGCAAAAGUCAGUACUAGUGCAAAAUUGUGUUUUUCAAUUCCAAAGUGCCUUAAACACAUUAUCAAUUGUCACUUCAAUAGAAUCCAACAUAAAGUCGAUAUUUAAAGAUGUCAUUAAUUCAUUCCUUGAUUCUAUUAAUCAAAUCAAUACUAAUAGAGAUAUACCAACCAUUCAUCAUGAUACAUAAACAUUUAUUUAUAAAAUCCAUAAGACAAAAAUUUAUAUGCAAUUUAUAAAUUAUUUAAUAAUUAUUUGUAUUUAAAUCUAUCAAACUUUGUAACAAUAAUCAUAUUUAUAGCCAUACUUCAUAUAGAUAUGGAUUAAAUUAGGCAUGGUAAUAAGAUGUUAUGAUAUACAU